GGUUUUAAUAUUUUCCCAUUCCCAGAGCAUCUUCAGCCUGGGAUCCACCUACCCUUUUGUUCUGCACCACACUCUGGCCCCAGUGGCACUUGUGGCCUGAACCAGAGGCAAACUGGAGAGAGAAAUACUCUAAAAUAUCACAUUAUGGAUGAAUUAUGGAACAGGAGCUCCAGCAGCAUCUCAUGGCCAUGGGGCAGCUUCCCUGGAGAGCUGGCAGGAGGUUAGAUCUGUUGGGGCAGAUAUUUUUGUGGGAAUGUUCCAAAUCACCUGUUGAUGUCUUGGGCUGUGUCUGCAGAUGCCAUGGGAAGUUUUCUCAUUCACUGAGAAAGCUUUCCCUAUGCCAACCCUCCCCUCAUGAAGCCCUCACAGAUGGGGGCAGGAUUGGGGUGCACUCACAGCCAGUGGGGAGCACAAAUCUAGUGCAGGACCCAGAUCUGGUGGCAGGAUCCACCUUUUGGUGGAUCAUUUUGGAUCAGGAACAGUGAGAAGUUCUGGGGCUGAAUCCCUGCUCUCAGUCUGCACACUGGCCCCCAUCCCAGGGGCUGGAGGGUUAAACUGGGAGGGUUCAGCACCUCACGGCAGGAUGCCAAGCCCAGAUUAACCAGUUGAAGACGUCACUUUCCAUUAUGGGAAAGGCUCCCAAAUAUCCCUGAAGCUUUUGGUUCUGGGGAUUAACCAGCAGCACACUCAGCUCCUGGCACAGAGCAGGGGUCCAUUGGCGCUGCAGGGCCCGUGGCCAUGAGCGGGGCUGGGAGCUGCUCCCAGGGGCAGCACUUGGGCGGCUGAGGGCGACCAUGUGGGAGUGGGUCAGAAGAGCUGUGCUGCACUCGCUGUCCACGGCCCUCCUGCGCCUCUGGAAGUGGCUUCGGGCUUUCUGGUACAAAAAUGGCCUCUUGACUCUCUCCAUGCUGUCGGUUGUCACCGGAUGCCUCCUGGGGUUCCUGCUGCGGGCACUGGAGCUGACAGACCUGGAGAAGCAGUACUUUUCCUUUCCUGGAGAGCUCCUCAUGAGGAUGCUGAAGAUGCUGAUCCUGCCCUUGAUCACCUCUAGCCUCAUGUCUGGGCUGGCCACCAUGGACUCCAAGGCCUGCGGGAAGAUGGGGGUGAUCACCAUCACCUACUACCUUUGGACAACCUUCAUGGCAGUGACCGUGGGGAUUAUCCUCGUGGUCAGCAUCCAUCCUGGUGCAGCUGCCCAGAAGGACAACUACUCUGUGGGGAAAGUGGUGCUCAGCUCCGCCGAUGCGUUACUGGAUUUAAUCAGAAACAUGUUUCCUUCUAACCUGGUUGAAGCUUCAUUUCAGCAGUACCGAACUGUUCUUGUGCCAGUGGUGAAGUCUCCCGGUUUUCCAAAGAUCCCAGGAAAACCUGUCAAUUUUAUUUACUUUGCACCUGAUGACAAAAACCCUGAAAUCCAUCGGCCUGUGUUCCUUGAGCUGACACCAUCACCUGAGAUGACCUACAGGACCCUGGCUGGGACCAGCAAUGAGAUGAAUGUCCUGGGCAUUGUCAUCUUCUCAGCAACCAUAGGACUUCUCCUGGGGAAAAUGGGUGAGCGAGGAGCCCCGCUGGUUAACGUGUGCCAGUGUCUGAAUGAAGCAGUUAUGAAAAUUGUCUCGAUGGCCGUUUGGUACUUCCCCUUUGGCAUUGUAUUUCUCAUAGCUGGAAAGAUCUUGGAGAUGGAAGAUCCAUCGGUUAUUGGACAGAAGCUGGGACUGUAUGUCAUUACAGUAGUGUCAGGGCUUGCCUUGCAUGGAGUCAUCCUCUUACCUCUGCUUUUUGUGCUUAUCACCAAGAAAAACCCCUUUGCUUUCAUUCAGGGGAUACUGCAAGCCUUGCUGAUCGCCUUAGCUACAUCCUCCAGCUCAGCCACCCUGCCCAUCACCCUCAAGUGUCUCCUGGAGAACAACGGCAUUGACAGACGUGUGGCGCGCUUCGUGCUCCCCGUGGGGGCCACCAUCAACAUGGAUGGCACCGCGCUCUACGAGGCCGUCGCUGCCAUCUUCAUCGCCCAGGUCAAUGAGUAUGAACUGGAUCUAGGACAAAUUAUAACUAUCAGCAUCACAGCCUCAGCAGCCAGCAUUGGGGCCGCUGGGAUCCCACAGUCCGGGCUCGUCACCAUGGUCAUUGUCCUCACCUCCGUGGGGCUGCCCACCGAGGACAUCACCCUCAUCAUCGCCGUCGACUGGGCUCUGGACCGACUGCGGACGAUGACCAACGUGCUCGGGGACGCCCUGGCUGCUGGCAUCAUAGCUCAUGUCUGCCAGAAGGACUUUGCCCCAAAGCCCUCCCCGCAAAACCCAGUGAGCAACACAGACAAGGUUCCUUCUGCAGAGACCUCACACCUGCAUCCCAAAGACAAGAGGAUUGAAAUGACUGAAGAAACCCUGUUGGAUCAGACAGGAGUUCACUAUAACAUCUGCCAGGUGUAGAUAACAGCAUUCCUGCUCCCAGAUAUGGCAUCUUGGUGCUAAACACUGACAUUGUGAGUGUCGCAUGCGGAUACUCUGAAGGAUAAAGGCCUUACUUGGCACAAAAAGUGGGAAAAUCCUCUUACCCUUUGAAGGCCGUGGAAUUCUCAGCAGGCACCCAAAGAGCAUGGCUCUGCCACUGGGGCAGGGAGCCAGCUCCUCCCUGCACCUGAGGACACAGCUGAGAGCUUGCUGCCCUGUCUUAAAUGGCUGGGUUUGAAGGAUUUAUAACUCACAUUUUUCAAGCUCUCCUAUUUUUGAAAGCUAAGGAGGUGAGCAGGUGUCAAUAGACUGGAUUUGGUGAGAAUACAAUAGGGAAAUAGGGAUGGAACAUAACACUGAACCCUCUGGCCAGCAGCUCUUCCCUGGAGGCCAGGCUGUGCUCCAGAAGCUUUUGUUUUCCUUAUUAUAGAGAUUAUUUUUUUUAAUCAAUGCAUUUUAUUUUACUACUGGGUUCUGAUAUAAAAAACUAAGAUUAAGUGAAUUUUUGUCUAGAGCUCAAAAUCCAAGUUGGACAUAACUAGAUUUCCCAGCUGUCAGGUUACAGACAGGAUGUCUGAGCUGUUGCACUCUCAGGGUCAGUGGGAUCCACUGGCUGGAAGGAAGAAAGGCCCAGCUGUACACCUGUUUCUACAGCUGUUUUAUUACAGAGAACUAAUUAACCAGGCCCAAUUGCAACUGUGUUGAUUUUCCCAGCUAAGGAUCUGUCCCCAAGAUCAAAUUCCAAUUACAGCCUUAAAAUCCAGGCUUCCCAGGGCAGCCUUCUACACAAAAGCCUUUUAUACCAACAAUUCAUGUCAGUGAAUUAAUCUCUCUCUCAAAAUAUCAACUCAUCCCUUUUCUCCUUCUUGAUCUUUCCUGACAUAGAAUUGGGAAUCAUAACACAGCUCAGACCCCCACUCACAUAACUGAACUUUUCUCCAACUGUACAUAAGGAAAACAUUUUCUGUGCAGAAUUCUUUCCAGAUGAAGUCAGAGGUUGUAAAAGAAUAUUUAGAAGAAAUAUUCAUUCCAGUUUUGCCAAAUGAAAAGCAGAAACUAUUAAAUAU